AUGCUGGAAGAGGAGGAUAAUGGCAUAAAUCACGGACAGGACAAUGACAUAGAUCACGGACAGGACAAUGACAUAGAUCACGGACAGGACAAUGACAUAGAUCACGGACAGGACAAUGGCAUAGAUCACGGACAGUACAAUGGCAUAGAUCACGGACAGGACAAUGGCAUAGAUCACGGACAGGACAAUGGCAUAGAUCACGGACAGGACAAUGACAUAGAUCACGGACAGGACAAUGACAUAGAUCACGGACAGGACAAUGAUCACGGACAGGACAAUGACAUAGAUCACGGACAGGACAAUGGCAUAGAUCACGGACAGGACAAUGACAUAGAUCACGGACUGGACAAUGACAUAGAUCACGGACAGGACAAUGACAUAGAUCACGGACAGGACAAUGGCAUAGAUCACGGACAGGACAAUGACAUAGAUCACGGACAGGACAAUGACAUAGAUCACGGACAGGACAAUGGCAUAGAUCACGGACAGGACAAUGACAUAGAUCACGGACAGGACAAUGACAUAGAUCACAGACUGGACAAUGACAUAGAUCACGGACAGGACAAUGACAUAGAUCACGGACAGGACAAUGUUAUUAAUGACAUAGACGAACAAGAAAGUGAUGUGGAUAAACAGAUACAGAAAGAGAAUCCAGGCUGUAGUGAGGACAUGGCUGAUCAAAACGAGGAUGGCCAGAUACACAAAUACAUUUUGGGUAUUUGGAACAGCCGGCGGGUUGGUCGGAACGUGCUAGUGGCUGUGACCAAAGGAACAAAAAUAUUUACAAAUACUAUAAAGUUCCUGAAGAGGAACACUAGUGAUGAGAUUAUUGAUGCCUUCAUGGCUGUCAAAGUACAAGAGCAUAAGUCUGCAAUACAGUAUAUAAAAUGCAGCAUAUUUGCUCUGAUGUUGGAUUCCUCCCAACAACACACAGUUUUGCAGACAGUAUUAAGUGCAGACACACUUAUCGGAGUUUGCAACAUGCGAAAUCAACAUUGGGUGCUUUGUGUAAUGGAUAUGAAAAAAAAAGUACUGUAUGUGAUAGAUCCUAUCCAGAGGUACACUGGAGUGAGGAACUCGCCUCUUUUGGCCAGUUGGAAGACAUUCCUGGAAUUGCGUGGAGACCAAACAGCUCAUCAGUGGGCCUUCCAUGCCACCCAAAAUGCUGAUCAACCAGAUGCUGUGUCAUGUGGAGUUGUUUGUUUGAUGACAUCCAGACUGUUGGGAAUUUGUGCAGGUUUUGCUACCUUCCUGAAACCAGAAACCAGCAAGACAACUGGAUUGGAUGCGACAGAUGUGAGUGGUUUUGGGUACACGAGGCAUGCGUAAAGCCCACGGAUGGUAUUAACCCUGAAAGGCUGUACGUGUGCCGCUUUUGUCAGGGUUGAACACUUAUCCUGUUCAGUGGUUUACUUUUUUUUAGCUCGUCUCUUCGAAGAAGAGUGAGAGCUUAUGUUGUCACUCCGGUGUCGGCAUCGGCGUUGGUUUUUCAAAUGUUAAAUUUUUGGUGCAAGUGU